AUGGAUGAUCCACCAUUAGCUUCGCUACCGAGUUGUAUAAGUUACGCCUACAGCUUAAAGAUUAAGCGGGCUUUUGCCGCUCCUAGGCUCACUCACCAGUUCAAAUUAGAGUGGUCGUGGCCUGCUGCGUCAUGUACGGUGUCUCCAGCUUCCCCUGAAAAAAUGGAUGCCUCCACAUCCCCAAACUACAAACCCGUUAGCACCGUCUUAGAGAAGGAAAAUGUAAAAAGCAGGGACAUAGCAUCCCCUAGUGGUAGCCCCACAUGUGCAGACCCUAUGUCAGCAUCUCCGCUCUCUACCGACGUCGGAAUUGCCACCGAGGAGACGCCAACGCACCAGUUCCAGGGGGAAACCACUAUUCUAAGCAUGUCGGGGGACCCGCACCCCACCACGCGCAAUGUGUAUGGAGUGCAUGGUGCAGCCUCCCAAACAUCCCAUCUUCAACGAGUGGCGCUGAUUCUUUCAGCGGGUUAUCGAUUUUACAUCCCACUCAAGGCAUUAGCUACCCCCGAACACCACGCUGAUACCUCGAGCACUACUUACUGGAGGGUGGUGUUGAAGCCCCCGAGGGAUUCCCCUGACGCGGUUGUUCCCUUCUGCGCAGAGGUUGUGGUGGGUGAAUUGGCGUCUAUCGAAUGGCUAGUGAAGCAGCAAAAAGAGGCGCAGCCACCGCCCUCGACGAGGUGUCUGGGCGGUCCCAUCACCAAAAACCACGCAGACACGACCAAGUCCCACUGGGCUCCUUUGCACCACUCUCCUGCGAAGCUCCCGGUUCAGUCCUUCUUUUUUCACUCCAUUCCCUACAAGUUAAUGUGGCUGACAAACGUGCCAAAUCGUAUCCUCGUCUCCCUUCCCUGCGAAGAGCGCUUGGUAACAUUGGAUGUCCCGCAUCGGCUCCCUCCCGAGGCAGGGGGCGGCUACGUCGUUGGGCAAACCAAGCCCGUUGCGCGGCAGCCUUCGCACGCCUUUCAGCUUCCACGUGGCGUCGUGCCGCUUGAUCUGGCCGAGAUCUACGCGCGGCCAUUUGUAGCGAUUGGCACCUACGAACACGGCGCCCUAAUCUAUUAUCUCAAUUUGUCCACUGGCGCGGUCGAGUACGCCGUGCGGCACAUCAGUAUCUGCGGCUCCGGGAGCUCUAUUUUUCCUAUCACUAGGCUUGCGGCCGUGUUCCCGCUGCCAUAUCCCCGCUCCGGUAAUCCCAACAUAGCCGGUGGGCAUGCGAGACCACUGUUUAAGUGGAAGAAUCGGGCGGAGCAUAUCGCCUCACUCGCGGAAGGUGCCCUUUUUUGCUGCUCUGCCUUCGACCCCCAGCCACUUCUAGCAAAGCAGCUCAAUUUGAAGGAUGCCAUCAUCGAGAACUUUUCGGUCGGACGAGUCACCGAGAACGUGAUUUGUGUUGGAAGUCAGAUCGACCCGCAUGUGGGGACGCUUUUUUCUACGGUAACUCAAGGACUAAGCCGCUUGGUGGUGUACCCUGAGGAGCGUCCAGCAUCUGGGAAGGGCUCUGCCAGAAGCCACUCCGGCAGCAUUAGUUGUGAAGAAGUAUGCGGUGGCCAAAUCUCAGAUGAGGAACAUGGGCGUGGCGUGCACAAAGUGCUGAGAACUCGCGAGCUCGAUCGCGUGCUCGCGCUGCGGGCGGAGUUUAGUCAGCAACAUCAGUGUAGCAUCUCAGAGCGGGUGCCGCCACUGAUAUGCGCGAUACACGGCAAGAACACCGCAUUGGGUAAAAUUAUCCGUCUGGCCGAAGGCGCCACGGUCUUCGAGUCUGCCAGAAAGUACGAGCUCAAGGGGAAGCCCAUAUACGGGCUUUCCAGCAAGCACUGGAUGCCGGCCGUGACGGCCGGCAACGAGCUCCUCCUGCUGAAUCGAGUCAUCACGAAGUACAUCGUGAUCUCGACAUUUCACCUCGUGUUGCCAUCGUAUGCGCAGAAAAAUUCGAAACCGCACCGGCCUUGUGGAGUUGACGCUAGCGAUAUUGUGAAGGUUGAGAACUCCGCCGACGACGAGAAUGACGCACCAUUCAGGAACCCCGCCCAGCGGGCACAACCGCAAAAAGCUCCUGACGACAAAUUGAAGGAGCCGGUGGUGCCAAAUGAAAUGGAAGACCUAUGCACAGGGCUGGUUACACUUUCUGCAGGAAAUGGAUGGUUGUGCGUUGCUGCUGCGCACCAUCGAAACUGGAUCACGAUUUUGAGCUACUUGGGAGAGGCAGAGUGCAAUAAUAGGAAAAAAUAG